CAAACAGGGUGGAGUUAAACUUUGUAAGAGAUUACCAUUAAGUAAACCGCGUUCUUUUAAAAUCACUCUAAACUUUUAUGUAGUGGUCGACACAAUGGCAAAAAAAAAUAUGUAAUGGCGUAUUAAUAAUAUGCAAGUGUAAUUACCAUGGUCAUAAAAUUGUUAUCUCGGCCAUGUUGGUAAAAAGUUAAUGUUGCUAUGGUGAUAUUUCGAAACGAUGUUCUUUUUGUUGUUUAACAGCGAUCAAAUUAGUACUAUUUAGUGAGGUGAAGAAAAGUUGGUUGAGUUUUUUUUUUUGACUGAUGAACUUAUUUUUAUGUCAAACUUUAUUAAAAAUAUUUUUCUUUUCUUUUUUUUUCUUGAACAUAUAAACAUAACAUAAAAUAAUCACCUGGUGGUGUGCAAUACAAAAUUGUGAAUAAAAUUUAAAGCGUGCAUAUGGAAAUAUCUGACGUUUAAUUCAUAUGGAACAAUGACUUGGUUAUACGAGACAUUUUGGACGGACAGUUUUUGGUUGCCAAAGGGUUACACAUGGAACGAUUUAAAAUCAACACCGCAAUUAAAAAAAGCUGAAUUUUCCGAUCUUAUGUUUUUACCUGUGUUGGUUAUUGUAUUUUCAACUUUACGAUAUUUUUUUGAAAGAUCAAUAGCUAAACCAUUUUGUUUAUUUCUUGGAAUUCCGAACGAAGAAAUCAUUGUAGAACUUAAAAGUUUGGAAAAGAUGUACAAAAACGGUAUUUUGUUCCCAAGCGAUAAAGAUUUAAACAAUCUUGUUAAUAUAACAGGAUUGUCGAAACAGUACCUCUGCGCAUGGUUUCGCAAAAGAAGAACAGGUAGGAAAACUCCAUUGCUUAAGAAAGCUACCGAAACGUGUUGGAGAUGCUUCAUUUAUUUUCUUUUGUUUUGUUACGGCUCGUUUGUUUUAAUAAGGACUGAUUGGUUUUACGAUAAUUCGACAUGGAUGAAAGAUUUUAUUCGCAAACACGAGUUUACAACUGAUUUAAAGUGUUAUUACUUCGCAGAAAUAACAUUCUACUUGUCUCUCUUCAUUUCACAAUUCUUCGAUACAAAAAGAAAAGACUUCUACCAGCUUUUUGUACAUCAUAUUACUACCCUCGUUUUAUUGCUCGGUUCUUACACGCUUUCUUUAUAUCGAUUCGGAGCGGUUAUUAUGUAUCUACACGAUGCUGCCGAUUCCUGGUUAGAAGCAGCUAAGUUGGCAAACUAUGCAAAAAUUCAAAAAGCAUGUGACGCGCUAUUUGCAAUGUUUGCUAUAGUGUUUAUUUCGACUCGGAUAAUAUAUUACCCAGCAUGGGUUGCGCAUGCGUAUUUUUAUUACAGUACAUAUGAAGCUAGUAUUGUUUUGAAAUUUCUUGUCUGUUUGUGUUUUUUGUUGUUAUUUUUGCAUUUUUAUUGGGGAUAUUUGAUUGUAAAGAUGGUGUAUAAACUUAUAAGAAGCGGUAAAGUCGAUAAAGAUACGAGGAGCGACACUGAAGACAGUGAUGAUAAUGAAGCAUAGAAAAUAAUCGACUGAAUAUAGAUUAUUUAAAACAAAUUUAAAACAUUUACGUGGCAUCAUUAUUCUCCUCGUACAGAAUUUCCUUGUUAAUUACUUUACACACGAGAUAAAAACCAGCUGCGUGUAUUUUAAACGCCAACAACUAGUCGGUUAUAGACUGCUUCCGGCGUUAAAACAAGUUUCUAUUCUUAAAAUUUUACACCACGAACUAAAAAUUCUUGUUGGUUUUCUUAACUAAAUUGUACUUCGUGUAAUGCGUUAAGACGUCUUAAAUAUAGAAUUUCUAGUACUUUUCUCGAUAUGUCUAGAGUAAGUUAGCUUAAGGGUUUGAUUUUUGCUUUAGUCAAGAAGCAGUGAGUCCGAAAAAGGGAGAAACUUAAACGGCAUUAAACUCGAACUGAAAUUUUUGUGUUGCAGAAAAAUGCGUCUGUUUUCUGUAAUCUGAUUUCCCAACACCUAUUCUCUGUAAUGGCUUUCCAUUCUGAUUUUAAAAAUCAACAUGCUCUUAGAAUCAAGACUAUGCUUUAUGUUAAUUUUUCUUGUUUCGAAAGUCAUUACUAAAUCACUGAAGAAAACUAUUACGAAAUUAUAGAACAAUUUUACCUGUGUGUUUUGUUAAAUUUUUAUUAUAUAUAUUUUGUUGUAAAAUUUGUUUGUUUUUUAAAAAAUAACGGUGAUAUUAAAAUGCAGAACACGAGUUACCCAAAAGGGGCCUAUUAGUAGCUACGAAGGAAAAAAUAGCAAAAAACUCCCGCCUAUCUUUCCCUGAAUGUAAUGAACAAGUCUAAACUCAAUAUGACCGCCACUUUCGGGAAAAUAUACCACAAUCGUUUUCUCUGCGCUUUGAACCACAAUUUCAACUCUAACGCCUUUUUUUGCCUUGGUUAUAUUGAAUAUCCAUUAAAGAUAUGAUUGCUAUCCAUUCAUCAAACUUUGUUUCUUAAGAAUUCUAGAGUAGUGUGGUUGCAACCUUUCUUUUACUUGCUUAUUUGUGCUCUUUUUUGAAAAAAAUGCUUUUAUCUCUUUAAGAAUUAUACAUGUUAAAAUAUCUAGUUUAUAUAGGAAAUAUAUUUAGGAAAUAUAGGUAUGCUAUAUUUACACGUUGUAGAAAAGGACUUUGCGGAGAGCAGACGCAGUAAAUGCACGUGAUAUCA